AUGCGAAACUUUCUACUUUUGAUCGUUGUGAUUUCCAUGGUUCAAACGGAUUUUCAAAAUGAACUUGAUAGAAUUAUAUUGACUUUCAGUUGUCUUCCCGAAUGCACCUUCAAUCAUUCUGAAAUCACUUCCGCCACUGCUCAAUUCUUCCCUACAAAUUGCUCGGAGAUUUGCGGAAUUCUGGUGCUCAACGAAAACACAGACCUUUCACAUUCUCAGCUUAAAGUCCUUUUUUCGAAUAUAACACAACUGAGUGGAGCAUUGCGGGUGGAGAACACGAGUUUCACAAAUUUAUCAUUUUUCACUGUGAACGAGGAGCAGGGAUAUGUCUAUCAUUAUUGCAAGGCUUAUGGAGUCUCCAUUGUCAACAACUCCCAACUAACCGACGUAACCUUCUAUGAAAUGUUUAUUCUCUAUACUGAUGAAACCACAAAAGAAUGCCCAUAUCGGAUUGAAAACAACAAGCUUCUCGAUAUAUAUGAUCAAAUCUGCACCUACUACUUUUUCAGCGAGUUCUACUAUAAGAUAAUUUCUGGAAACAAGAGAGAUUGCGGCUGCUCUGGCUCCGAUCUAUUUGGCUUCAAUAUAGACCAGUUGGAAAAUUGUGUGACAUUGGACAAGCUUAAUCUAACGGAUAUGAAUGACACCUCAGUCGAUUUGAGAUCGUUGAGCUCCACUGCGCUGGUCCAGGGAGACGUGAAUAUUCAGAGAACGAACUUCAAAAACUUGACGUUCUUGACUUUGUUGAAGGAAGUGCGGGGAAAAAACGGGCCAAUGAUGAAUAAAAUAUUGAUGAACAUUCAGGACAAUCCAGACAUGACAAGACUUGCACUGCCCAAUCUGAGAAUCCUUAGAGACUAUCUUAGGAGUUUUGACACCUUUAUUGGAAGCGGAAAAUUCAUUGUAAAUUUAGAGAACUUGCACUCUAACUUCUGUGUAACCUACCAGGAAAUGUUCAUUUUUAUGACCCAAGAUGUUUACUUUAAAAACUUGCAUGCGAACUAUUGCGAGGGCAAAGAACAAUACGUUAAACAGGCACUGGAUAUGUAUGAAAUUUGUUGGCUCACCACUCUGAGAGCAUUAAAACCAAAUUGCAAAAUUAUCGGCGGUGAUUUGAAGAUUCAGAGUGGAGAUGAAGCGUAUGUAUUCAAAUUGGAAAAUGUGCAGUAUUUAUUCGGGUCGGUUUCGAUUCACAACACUAAUUUGAAGAAUAUUGAUUUUUUGGCCAAUUUACGGAGCAUGGCAGUUUUGAAUGAUGAACCUGCUAUAAAGAUUGUGUCUAAUCAAAACCUUAAGUAUGCCUAUUUGCCCGUACUUUCGACUAUAAUCACAAAGCACCAGCGGACAGUUGUAGUUCACAAUAACCCUCUAUUGCCCAGUGAUUCAUUUUUCCUAUACCCAAUGCGUUAUUCAACGAAUGCAAAGUUUGUUGGUGAUCAAUUUGAAAAUGGAACGCCAUCAGGAAUACUAAGCUUCAUCAUGAUGUCUAUCUACUCUAUUUUCGAGAUUUUUAUGAAAUAAAUAAAAUUGAAACCAGUUGACGUAACUCUGUUUUAUGAUAAUAAAAAUUAUUAAUAUUUG